AUGGAGCUAGAGAAAAGCAUCAAGGCUAAUGGCAAUAUGCUAGAGAAAAAAGAAGAGCAAGACAACGAAAAGAAGCAUCAUCAUCCACGAGGAGGCAUCAGAACAUUGCCCUUCAUUCUAGCAAAUGAAGUAUGUGAUAGAUUUGCAGCCUAUGGUUAUUAUUCGAACCUGAUGAGUUACUUGACCCAAGAGCUGAACAUGCCAUCGGUAACGGCCUCUUACACUCUCACAAACUUCGUUGGAACACUUUACCUCACUCCACUUGUUGGUGCUCUCAUUGCUGAGUCAUGUGCCGGGGCAUUUUGGACCAUCACUGUUGGUUCCCUUUUCUAUGAACUGGGUAUGCUUGGUCUUACUAUAUCUGCAUCUUUGCCAUCUCAACGUCCACUACCAUGCCCAACUAAAGUGAAUUGCCAAGAAGCAACAUUCUCGCAGGUGUGGACAUUAUAUCUGUCUCUCCUCCUCCUAUGUCUUGGCUCAGGGGGAAUUAAGCCAUGUGUUAUGCCCUUUUCAGCAGACCAAUUUGAUAUGUCAAAAAGUGGUGUGGCAGCAAGAAAGUGGAACCUUUUCAAUUGGUACUCAUUUUUCAUGGGAUUGGCUCCACUAACUUCUUUGACCAUUGUUGUUUAUAUUCAAGAAAACAUGAGCUGGCGCUGGGGGUUUGGGAUCCCUUCCGUUGCCAUGUUGAUAGCCAUCAUUGCUUUUGUUAUGGGUUCACCACUUUAUAAGAAAGCUAAACCACAGGGGAGUCCCUUGGUUCGAUUGGUUCAAGUCAUUGUUGCAGCUAUGAAAAAGAGGAAGGAGGCUCUUCCAGAUGACCCUAAGCUUUUGUAUCAAAAUAUAGAGCUUGACGCUGCUAUUUCUUUGCAAGGAAGGCUUUUGCACUCAGACCAGUUCAAAUGGUUGGACAAAGCUGCAAUAGUAACAAAUGAGGAGGCCAGUGAUUCAAAAUUAUCACCAAACUUAUGGAGAUUAGCCACUGUCCAUAGAGUUGAGGAGCUAAAAUCAAUGAUUAGAGUGCUUCCCAUUUGGGCAUGCACCAUAUUGCUUGUAACAUCAUCAGCACAUAACAACAGCUUCCUCAUUCAACAAGCUCGUUCAAUGGAUCGUCACUUCAUUCCCUCAUUCCAAAUUCCACCAGCCAGUAUGCAGAUUUUUAGUGUUCUUACCAUGAUGAUUGGGGUUAUAGUAUAUGAACGCCACUUUGUUCCCUUUGCUCGUAGAUUCACAGGGAACCCUUCUGGCAUCACAUGCCUACAGAGAAUGGGAGUAGGCCUUGUGAUUAACACAAUAGCCACCCUUAUUUCAGCACCUAUUGAGAUAAAAAGGAAAGCUGCUGCUGCAAAGUACCAUUUAUUGGAUAACCCUGCAGCUACUAUUCCUAUUAGUGUGUUUUGGUUGGUACCUCAGAUUUGUCUACAUGGUAUGGCUGAGGUUUUCAUGUCUAUUGGACAUUUGGAGUUUCUCUAUGAUCAGUCACCUGAAAGCUUGAGAAGCAGUGCAAUGGCUCUUUUUUGUUUUUCCAUAUCCGUUGGGAGCUACUUAGGUACUGUGCUGGUAUCUUUAGUUCAUAAGUGUACUAGUAAGGAAAGGAAUUGGCUCCCUGAUAGGAACCUCAAUAGGGGUAGAUUAGAAUACUUUUACUUGCUUCUUAGUGGGAUUCAAGUCAUAAAUCUCAUUUAUUAUGUCAUAUGUGCUUGGUUUUACACUAGCAAGCCCUUGGAAGAAAUAACUGAAAUAUACAGGGAAGAAGAUUUGGAACAGGCCAAAGAUAAAAUAUUGCUACCUGAAAGUGAUGGUAAGGAGGAGCAACAGAGGAAACUUACCAAAGAUGAUGAAUAA